AUGGUUGAAAAGCAUAUACAGGAAAGAGAAGGGAAGGUGAGCGAGUCGAUAUCAAAGUCCAGCCAGCCCUUGGCCUCCAAGCAGAAAAAGGAUGGCACUGAGAAGCGGGGCUGGGGCAGGUCGAGCAAGCAGCCUCACGUGAGUCCCAUGACAGUGCUGGUAGGGAGUCAGAAGGAGCCCAGCGAAGUGCCAAAACCUAAAAGACCUCAGGGCCGACCAAAUGGAAGCAAAAACAAGUACACUGCCAAGACCCGGAAAACCACCACAACUCCAAGAAGGAAACCAAGGGGCAGAUCCAAAAAACUGGAGAAGGAGGAAGAGGAGGGCAUCUCACAGGAGUUCUCAGAGGAGGAGCAGUGACCGUGCGUACGUGUUGCCUGCUCCUUGCUGGAGGAGCUGCUUCCUUCUGGGACUGGACAACUUUGCUCCGCUCCCACCGUCCCCGGCCCUUCCCCAGGCCCACCAUCACUACCGCCUCCGGCGACCACCCCUAUCUUCCAUCUGUGACUUCACCACCACACUACACAGCACACCAGCCUCUACAGGGCCCCCAUGGGCUGGGUGGGGAGCAGUCUUCCCCUGGCCUCAGUUCCCAGCUCCCCCCGCCCACCCACGGGCACACACAUGUGCCCUCCUGGACAAGGCUAACGUUCCACUUAGCCGCACCCUGCACCUACUGCAUCCCCACUCCCUUGGUGGUGGGGACAGGGCUCUCUGGGUUUUGGUUUGGGGGUGCCCUCUCUGCUCCUUCAUUGUUCCCUCUGGCUUCCCAUAGUGGGGCCUAGGAGGGUUCCCCUGGCCUUGAAAGGGGCCUAAGCCCCAUCUCAUCCUGGCCCACCCUACUCCACUGCCCUGGCAGCAGGUGUGGCCAAGGGAGGGGACUGCUGGUCCCAGGAUUCCCCCAGCCAAACUGUCUUUGUCACCACGUGGGGCUCACACCUUUUAUCCUUCCCCACCUUCCCUAGUCCCUGCACUAGGUUGGACAGCCCCCUUUGGCUACAGGAAGGCAGGAGGGGUGUGAGCCCCCUACUCCCUCUUCAGGGUGGCCCCAGCCCCCUUGCCGUCCGCCUGGGAUCUGAGAACAUAUUGCAGUGAUGGAGAUGCAGUCACUUAUUGUCCAGGUGAGGCCCAUGAGCCCUGUAGCCGCUACCUGAGGUGGGCUGGGGCUGCUCCCCCACCCCUACUUUGCUUCCGCCACUCGGCCAUUUGCCCCUCCUCAGAUGGGGCACCAAUAACAAGG